GUCGAGGAAGCGAUGUGUCCGCAGAACCGGGUAGAUCGGCACGUAAACAAACGAAGAGCCGCGAUUCGUGAGUUACACUGUAGCUGCGGCUGGAUCCAUUCGUUGAAGACAGGUGCUCAGCAAGUGAAAACAACUGAAACUGAAGGACAAGCUCUGGGCAGGGUUUGCCAAAAUGGCUGCACAGUCAACAGAAGACCAGGCAGAAAGGAUUUUGGAGGGUUCUGGGCUGCAGGUCUCCACUUUUGACUCUGCAUCUGGAGACGUCCAGCCCGUGGCAAUAAGAAAAACUGUUUGUUACAUCGUGAGUGCUGUUAUCCUUAGCCCCAAGAAUGAGGUGCUCAUGGUGCAAGAGGCAAAGGACGAUUGUUAUCAGGAGUGGUACUUGCCUGCUGGGAGAAUGGAACUGAACGAGUCCAUUGUGGAGGGCAUGAGGAGAGAGGUGAAAGAGGAAACCGGUUUUGAAUGCUCACCAAUCACACUGCUUAUGGUUGAGGAGCACGGUCCACGCUGGAUACGCUUCACCUUCCUUGCAGAAAUAACAGGUGGCUCCAUGAAGACCCUUGAAAAUUCAGAUUCAGAGUCCCUCCAGGCUCAGUGGUGGGACAGAAUUUCUCCUCUCUCAUUGCGUGCAAAGGAUAUUCUUCCUCUAAUUGAUUCUGGUGUAAAGUAUAAAGAGAAGCCCUGGUUUCCUCCAACCUUGCCCACAGAGCUACCAUGCUGUGCUGUGUGCCAAAGGUUAAUGGUUACAUUUCUCGACAGCGACAGCAACCUGUGGUUAUUACUUGGAACGAGUGAUGGUCCCCAUCUUCCAAUUACAGUGUCUAAUGAUCGCUGCCAUUCCAUCAUGGCAGCCACUUUCAGGCUAUUAAAAGAAUGUUUAAAACUUCCUGAGGUCAAGAUUAAAACACUGGGAGUUCUUGGUCUGCAGCAUCAUGGGAAACACCCUGGGGACACUGAUGGCAUUUGUUUCAAUAUGUUGGUGUCUGUUGAGCACACUGACAGAGAGGUAAACUCUAGUACUCCUCCAGUGUUGCUCAGUGACAAAUAUCAGUGGUGGAAAGUUGACAGGCAAUGCCUAAAAGACAAGUUACUGGAAAGAUGUGGCUCUAAUGCUGCUGUGCCUAUUUAUUCAAUAUAAAUAAAGGUGCAAGAAAACUGAUUUAUUGCAAAAAGAUUAGGAAAGAUAAGGCAGUACUUUAUUGAUCAGCAACAACACAGAACAAAGUAAAAACAAAGUGCAAACUACUACAUAAGUGCAAGACUCAAGAAUUGUACACACAUAUGCCAAGUGUUCCUUAAAGUAAUGUUAUCCCUGUGCCAAUGUGUCUGUUUAAAAGGUAAGGGGGAGGACAAGCAUGGAUAGAGGAGGUAUUUUACAGACUGAUGGCUGGGAACAAAGAUAGAGCCCCAGUAGCUCCACUUAUCAAUGACUUUUCAUAGCAGUCAAGUGAUUAUUCAAAACAAACAGGAUACAUUGUUUUUAGAUUACCAAGAUUAUCUGUAUAGGGAGACUAUUUGGUUUUUAUUUACUACAUAAUGGCCAGUACCAGAAUAUGUUUUCAGUGGGUGUCCACAAAGCUAGAAUGAUAUCACAUUGAAAAAUCAUGAAGUAAUAGUAAGUAAUAACCUGACAAUUUCAAGAUUUUACUAGAUUUACGGCACCAGAAUUGAAAACAUGAUAAAGACUCAAUAAGAGAUUAACCUCACACAGUAUAGAUAUGAAAUCAAAAUCCCAAUGAUGGAGACAGAAGAAACUAUUCACAAUUGACAAUGUGGAAAAGCUCAAAUUGUAAAUAUGCCUAAAUAUGAUCUGAUAGGGCAGUGAGGCAUUUCAAGCUUGAUAUAUUUGAAACUUAUGUAUAUAUUUGGCACUUUACACACAUGGCCUCGUCUUCUCAGAUGUUUUUCAGUAGUUUUAUGGCUAAGAAUGGCACUUCAACUUUAAUUUGUGCAAAGGAAUUUGCUGCAGAUUUUUUAAGAGGUGUGGCCAUUUGGAAAAUACUAAGCAUAUAGUAUGGAAACUAUAAAUGGAAUCUGCCACAAUGCGCUUUUAGUUAAAUGACAAUCGCAAACAUUCUGCCCACACUAUUGCAUCUUUCUAGAUGUUGAGCUUUGAUUGAUCACAUUUGUCACUCGGUCCUAACUUUUCUUAAUCAAGUUAUGCAUUUUUAGCAAGCAUUGAUCGCUCUGGCAAGAUUUCUUUUGUGAAGCUGGUAAAAGCUUGUGUAUGAUGCUUUGCUUUGAAAAUCAGAGACCUCUAUUGAAAAGUAGCACACUUGAAGAGUUCUUUAUGGUUUACUGCAAUAAAUGAAUAUAUGUAUUUCAAAUAAUUUUUCCUUUGCUAGUUUCAGUUGGAUAGGCUGCAACAUUCCUAAUUUUAUUUUGCUGAUUACUGUAUUAAGAUUUAAAUAUAAGAGGCCAAAAAUGUGCUGCUCUUGUUUGUGGGAAGCAGCACUCUUUAAGUGCUGUUUAAUAUGAUGGAUUAUUAUAUGGAGGUCUACCCCACUCUCUUUCUACUGAUGGCCUAAACAUUUUCUUAUUUGUGUUCUAUGUCACUAACUUUUCUGAAUGUGACUAAAUGCAGUGUUUUCCCUUCCCCUCUCAAUUUCUUCUCUUUUUUUUUUUUUUUUUGAGAACUUGGGUUUCAUUUCUGCUUUCACUUGAUGCUGUCAGGUUAUUCUCUGGUGUAUAAGGAGAAUUUGAUCAUGAACAAAUGGAUGGAUGGGCAGCAUUAUUUGUUAAAAAAUUUAAAUACAUUUCUGGCCUGACCUGCAAUCAUUUCGGCAAGCCUAGAAUAGAAUUAUGCAGCCAGCUCUUGUUUUAGACUUUGAUACCAAUACGGAGUUGUGAUUUGUAGCAAUGUUUAAGCCAACACUAAAUGACGUUUAAUAAUCUAAUCUAGUAGAUACACUUUCUAUGUAAAUGCACUUUCAAAGUUACUACCCAGUGAAGUUUCCUGUCCAUGUUCUUUUUUUUCUUUUAAUUUCUGAUUAUGAGCAAUAUACACUAUUAUAGGUUCAUCUUCAUGAAAAGACUAAUGAAUGAGUAACCCUAUUUGUGCCUGAAUUGCUUAAAUAAACAUGUCACCUUAAUACAUUUUCAAGUGAUUUCU